CCAGGGCGAGCGACGGCGCGGGCCCUUUUCAAUCUUCCCUCCCGCCGUGAGGCUCACCGGACAGGCGGGACCCCGAGGGGGCGAACCGCGUCCGAUAGGCGGAUCCCCGCGAUGGGCAGCCGGAUCAACCAACGGCGAGGCGGGGCGGGGCGGGGCGGCCGGCUCUACCUGCUCCCCGGUGAGGCGCGGCGGAGCGCUGCGGAGCCCGGCUGCUGCCAUGUUCCAGGGCCCGGAGGCCGACGCUGCCAAGCCCAGCUCCAGGGUAUUGAAGCCUCCUGGAGGAGCGUCUAGUAACCUCUUCGGAAGUACAGAGGAAGUUUCUUCUUCCAGCAGGCCGCACCGGAUGGCAUCCAAUAUCUUUGGAGCAUCAGAAGAACCGCAAAAUUUUCCAAAAAGAACAAACCCUCCAGGGGGAAAAGAAAGCGGUAUUUUUGAGGAUUCUGGUACUGCUCAGCCUCGUCCGCGUAUGAAUCCACCUGGUGGGAAGACAAGCGAUAUCUUUGGGUCUCCAGUAUCUACCAGUGUUGUGCGAGCACACCCAAAUAAGCCUAAGGAUCACAUUGUCCUGAAGGAAGAUGAAACACCGAAGAAGCCAGAAGCUGCAGAAAACAACAAACCACAGCUGGAAGAUGGUGGUGAGAAAAAAGAUCUGGGCAAAGAGGAGCGAUGCAAGGAGCCAGAACCCAAGAUAGACAAUCACGAGCCCAGAUUAGGGCCAAGACCACGCUCUCACAACAAAGUUCUCAAUCCCCCGGGUGGAAAAUCCAGCAUUGCGUUCUAUUAGGGUCAUCUGUUCACUUUCACUAACCGAGUCUGCACAGAAAGUCUUGUCUGUGGUUGUGAGGUCAGUUUAUGGACUAUUGUUUGUGGAUAGGUUCUUAGGCAGAUGGAUGAGGGUUGUGCCAAAGUGUGUGGAAAGGAAAUCUGAUGAUUUGGGGAGGGAGGGCUGGGGAGGGUAAGGGUGCCCUGCAGAAGACAUCGAGUAUGGACUGCCUGCCUGGGUGGGUGGCAGAGGGGGACAUUAGUGUAACUUUGUGAAAGAGCAGUGCUACUUUGUGGUGAGUUCAUCAGGCCCUUAGGUUCUUAGCUUGCCAGUGGCUCAGGACACUCUUGUGGAGUCAGGCUUUUCCAUACAGUCAACAUGUAAAACAUUGUGAAUGGGUAGGGACCCAGAGGUCACAUCUGGAAUAUUCUGAAGCACAGCAGGUAGGCUGUGCUUUUCUCUAGGCAACAGGACACAGAUUCACAGUAUGAGUUGACCUGCAGUCACUUUAAUGUAAAUACGUUCAACUGGAACAACUAGUGCUACUGUGUUCUUGAGUGUCUGUAGUCUUUGGUUCUCUUUUUCUCCUUUGUUACCGAACAGUACAUGUUUGUGGAUACAAGGACAAAACAUGCUGAAAGUCUUUUAUGCUCUCAUAAAUCAUCAUAUGUUAAUAAGUAUCUUAGUGUUCCCCUCCUCAGAAUAUUCAGGCAUUUCUGCUGCCUUCAGUAAUCUGCUGAUUACUCUGACUAGCUCUUGAUGAAUGGUAAUACCAGUCCAAUGUGCUGUUUCGUGUAGAUGCUUCUAGAAGACUUUAAAAGCAUCUCGGUUGAGUUCUUGCACACUUCCUGGAGAAGAUGUUGGUGCAAACAAUAACCUCGUGGUAUUCUUUGAGGAGAAGCAACCUAUGAUGUAUAGUUAAUGUAGAAAAUAUACUGAGAUGUCUAGCCAGCCAGCUUUGAUAACCCAACCUGUAUAGAAAUGCCUUAGUUUCUGCAACAGUUUUUUACUUUGUACACUGCGGAAACCAGGACUGUUCUGUUGUCUUUACCACAGUGCAUUUUUUUUGUUUGUCUGUGCUGACUCUGUUAGUGAAUUCUCUUGUCUUUGGUCAGCCUUAGAUUUGCCUUUGACUGACUCAGAUUUCUGUUGGUAAGGGGGAAAAGCUACUUGGAUUCUCCCCAUACCACAGUUGUAGUUGUUUUGAGACAUACUGUAGACUAUCCUAGUUGGAGAAACAAAGACUUUAGCAAUACAAACCUUUUGAUCAUGCUGGCUAUUUUAAAUCAUAUUUGGAAGAUGUGCUUUUCUUUCUUUUGCAGAAGCAUAUGUUGGGGAGGGUAGCUCACAUCAUUGAUUCUCUGAAUUAGCUUUCAUGUUCGGAGUUCUGAUAAUUGAAUGCUAACAUUAGUUGCUUAGAUGGCUCAGUGAAUUUAGUAGUGAUUUUUACAUUUGACAUUCAAAACAGGAGUUGUUCAGGUACACCAAAGAACAAGUGGCCUUAUCUGUGUAUAUCCACUGCUGUACUAGCCCAGGUUCCCUGAAAACUGCUGCUGCUUAGAGGGGACUAUCUCUGGGUCAGGUGCUAAAAACUCUGUCAUUACGGUGCUUAUUAGACUGUUCUGUUCAGUAUGUGUCAGAAGUGGUGGAUGACUGCUUGAAGACUUAGUUGCCUUUUCAGAUUGUGAAAAUGAAAUACAUGGGAAGUGCUGAGGGUAGAAAUAAUCAUGGAAAGUAGGAGUUACAAUGCCUUUGUACCUCUCAGAUAAAUUUAGGACUCCCUGUUAUUUUGCCCCCCUGGGAGAACAACGCAGGAAUUCUAACUUCAAAAAAUUUCAACCCUGUAUUCAAUUUGUGUUACUUCUAAACAUGUGUUUCCUAGCAGCUUUUCUAGAGUCUGUGCUGGCUUGCCUCUGGUUGAGUCUGAUACUUCUGCUUCAAUACCUUGUUCUACUGCUUUACAGGCUUUUAAGAGGUUACCAGGUAGAAAAGUCAACCAGAAGUUGCUUUCUGCACUGAAAGGUCUGGUGUAAUUGAUACUGUCUCUGAUACUGAGCUUAGGCUUGGCAUCUUUUAGUGCAUUGGCUACAGUGCCUGUCUUUUAAACAAGCUUCCAACAAGGCCUUAAAUUGGUUAAACUGUGUUUACUUUGUUCAUUUUUGUUUUUUUUCUUUGGAAUUUAAACUGUUUUCAGUUUAUCAAGUAAAUUUGAUAACAUUUCUCUGCCACGGAAGGGGAUUGGAAAUCAGAUGAUUAAUCAUGCACUUCUCAAUAAACCUCUGUAUUUUGCUACAUCACUGUGUGCUGUAGAUGUUUGCUCUUAUAAAUUAAUGGGUGGUCUAGUUCAGUGUAGAUAACACUGAAUUUUGGUAUCUGAAACUGGAGAAAUAACACAGAUGUUUUCAGGCCUUCUGUAGUGGAGAGUAUUCUUUGGAGACGUGACAUCCUACCUGAGGUUGCUGAUGAGAAAGCACAUCUUGGGAGUUCAGGGACAGCAGCAAGGGUGGGCUGUUCAGUGGGUAUUUCUGUGGGUAACAUUCCACGUUCUGCACGAUGCAGGAAUGCUGUUAUGCUCUUCAACAAUAUUGUAAAUAGGCUUGAAUGUUCACAUGUUUUCAAUAUUCAAACGUUUUGUACAAUAACAUCACUCCCCUUAAGCAGGGAUGCUCUUCAUGUGGAGGAGUUGUAUCCCCAUUUCUACACUUCCAAAGAGUAGAACUCUCCUCUUAUGCCAUGUUAUCUCUGCCAACGGAACGGAGCUAACUAUAACUCCAGUUCCUGGUGAGCUGGACAUUUUGUCCUCUCAGCCAGCUUGUUUUAAGUCUGAGUUUAUGCCAUAAGUUACAGACUGCGAUACCCUACAGAGCCUCUCACCUACCACUUGUUUCUAGUCGUUCUACUCCGCACUGAGCGUUUUGCUGCUUGUGGUUAAGAACUUCUCUCUCAAGCAUGCACAAUGCUUUGGAUAGCAUCUGCUUAGUGUGAGAACCUGUGAAUAUCCUUGAUACCUACCGCAUUAGUAACAAGGGGUUGUCUUUGUAUUGUAGACAAUACUAUAGUUUCAUUUUGCAGCUACACAUUGUCAUUGCUUUGCCCCUCAAUUGGGAAUUUGAAGUUUAAACAUGGUAGAACGUUAUCCAGGUUACUGGCUUAUUUUUGGAAGAAAAAUUAAGGUAUCUGUUCUACUAAGCUUAAAAGUGGUUAAAGGAUUACUUGCACGUUUUGACAAGUAGUGUCAAAGUAGAGAAAACAAUUCUAGGCAUUGCUCCUUAGUUCCUAAAUACAUCACCAUGCCUGUACAGUACAAGAUGAUAUUCUAACUAGCAACUCAGCUGCAUUGUGUAAUUCCUGCUAAUCCCCUGUGAAAAUGAUUAAUCCAGAUUAGUGCAUAUUUUCCACUGUUAAGACUGACUUUUAUGCACUCUGUUUUAAGCAAGCAUUGUCUGAUAUUGUCCUGUUACAUCACUGUAUAACCUUUGAUAAACAAAAGCAUAGUUUGUGCUCUGGAUAAAGAAGAUUGUCCUCU